CCCUGAAGAGGCUCACAAGUGUGAAUGCCUAAACUGCAUUUCCCAUGGUUCUCUUUUAACGUGAAGCUUCCUUCCAAGAGGACUGAGUCGCUGAACUCUAUGGUUAAUGCUAUGACAGGACAGUUGGAACAGCUAUCCGGUGCCGAGUCGAUAUUCAAUCUAGCCAUGGCGGCCACGGGUGGAGGGAAAAUUAGAAGCAGAAGAUGUCAUAGUGCUUCGAAACCUUACGCCAAAAGCAAACAGCAGCAGCCUGGCCUGAUUAGUCGAGUGACGGACACAGUCAAGAGCAUCGUUCCUUCUUGGCUGCAGAAAUACUUCAGGAAUGGGGAGGCUGCAGAAGGGGGAGGGGCCGUAGUGGGGGCGGAGCAGAACAGCCAGGCCCCUCCCCCAAAUGGCAGCGAGGAGGUAGCACCCCUUCCUGAUGGACGGGACUCUCCGGAGCCCGGUACCAGCAAUACAGAACCUUCGACAAGCAGGGCAUCCCUGAACUUUCAGGAUGUUCUGUCGAGGCCCCCCCUCAACCGCUCUCACCUCCACUUCCCCUCCUUGGACACCUCCCCGGUCCACAGGGGCCCCAGCUCUCUCUUCUCCCAGCCCUCCACCUCCUCUGCCCCUUUCUCUGGGGGCCCCUUCGCUGGGGCCUCGCCCAGCUUCUCCCUUGUCAAAGAGAUCAAAGACAACAGCUCACAGCACGAGGACGACAACAUCUCUACCACCAGCGGCUUCUCUUCACGUGCAUCAGACAAAGAUGUGCCUAAUUCAAAGACCGCAUCGCUACCCCAGCUUUGGUCCCCGGAGAUGGACCGGACCCACUCUGGGCCUCAGCAGUCCCAGUCCAGUCUCAAGAAGCCUGCGUUCAACCUGUCUGUCUUUGGGACGUCCUCCUCUUCUACGAUGAACAGUUCCGUGCUGAAUUCCAGUCAGUUGGGGGAUUCCCCCUUCUACCCAGGGAAGACUACCUACGGGGGAGCGGCUGCUGUUAGGACAGCCCGUUCACGCACAGCCAUACCUUACCAGGCUCCAUUGCGGAGACAGAUCAAGGCCAAGCCUGCUGGGGCUCAGCCCUGUGGGGUGACCAGCGCCACCGCCCGACGCAUCCUACAGUCCCUGGAGCGCAUGUCCAGCCCCCUCGCUGAUGCCAAGAGAAUCCCCUCUACUGUUUCCUCUCCCUUGUCAACAUCACUGGAUGGCAGCACUCUACACCUUUCACAUUUUCAGGCCAAAAAGAAACGGCUGGACUCUCCCCUCCCCCCAGUCCAGAAGCUGGUGAUCCCGGCGGCAGCGUCAGUGUCGGGGAACCGUUCCAUGUCCUUCAGGCCCUCUCUGACCCCCGGGGGCCUGGCUCGGACCCCUAGAGACACGCCCACAAGACAAUCCCCUCUGAUUCCUGAAGCAGUGGCAGGUCCUUCUCAAAGCACAAGCAGCAUUCUACCCACCUACCCUCUGUCCAGCACUCCUGCAUCCAGUAGCACAGGGUCAGGAGGUGGGAAGAUGAAGAGGGAGAGGACCAGCACGAGACCCUCUUCCAAACGUCCUGAAGACCAGGUCGCUGAGCUAUCGGACCUGCCAGCCAUCUCGCUCCCCCACAGCCCGUCCUUCAGUCUGCCCAGCUUCAACUUCUUCCCGCUUCCCACUGCCAUUCUCACUACCUCACCUGUCCUGGAGGAACCCGUCCCUAACAAGGUGCCACCGACUACAGCCCCCUCUACCCCUCCCUCCACACCUUUCACCUUCUCCUCCCCUAUCGUCAUGGCAACUGCUGCUAGCCCACCGUCCUUCUCCCCGUCUUCUGGAUUUACCUUCAGUGCACCUGUAGUGAAAACGGGUCUGUCACUAUCCAACGGGAAGAUGGCCACCCCAGUAUUGGCAGCAGUGAAGCACGCUGCCAGUGAGAGCAUGGAUGAGUUUGAAGGGCCGUGUAAACCAGCCAAGGUGUUGAAACAGGGCAGUGUUCUGGACCUCCUGAAUGGACCUGGAUUUGCCGUUCCUGUUACUCAGACGUCCCCUGUCCCCAAAGCCCACCAGGAGACCCCAGCACUGUCCACCACCACCCCCUCCCUUGGGGACUUUAUCAAAGCACCAGCAGGCUCCUGGGACUGUGACACCUGUGUGGUGCAGAACAAACCCACUGACACCAAGUGUGUGACCUCUGUGACCCCACGACUAAACUCUGGCUCCUCUUUAGCAAAAACCGACAGUAUACCCUUGUUGUCCGGGCUGGAGGGUUCCACCACUACUCCCGCUGCAACUUUUGGGGCCCUGUUCACAAAGCCUGCAGGAAGCUGGGACUGUGACACUUGUCUGGUUCAGAACAAGCCUGAUGCUGUCAAAUGUGUGGCCUGUGAGACAGCCAAGCCUGGGACUGGAGUUAAGGCCACACUGACUAUGCCUGCUUUCUCGGAGGCUAAGACUCUGCCUGCUGCUGCCCCACUCCUGGGCUUCGGAGACAAGUUUAAGAAGCCAGAGGGAGCAUGGGAGUGUGGCGUGUGCAUGGUGCAGAACAAGGUGCAGGACACCAAGUGUGUUUCCUGUGGGAUCGCUAAGCCAGGAGCAACGGCAGCGCCUCCAUCUCUAACUCCCGCCCCUGUCAGCGCCACUCCUCUACUAGGCUUUGGGGCCCAGUUCAAGAAGCCAGAGGGAGCGUGGGAGUGUGACGUGUGCUGUGUUGAGAACAAGGGAGCAGACAAGGAGUGUGUGGCCUGCCAGACACCCAAGCCUGGAGCUAAAGUAGAGCCCAAAGCAUUUGGUUCCUCAUCGUUUGGUAUCCAGUCCUCGUCUGACUCGGGGGGAUUCAAGUUUGGCAUGGGGGCGUCAUCGGACUCUGGUUCUGGGGGCUUCAAAUUCGGCGGCACCCUCUUGGACUCCUCCUCUUCAGGGGGCUUCAAAUUUGGUGCAUCUGUCUCAUCAGACUCUACCUCGACAGACACUAGCAACUCUGCAGGCUUCAAAUUUGGCGGCUCCUCUGAGGGAUGCAAAUUUGCAGCUUCGGCUGCUUCCACCCCUGCAGUGGACGAGGGGAAGAAGGCUGAAGCCCCCAGUAUGGGUGCCGGGUUCAAAUUUGGCGUCGGCGGUGGGCUCUCGUUCGGCACUGCAGCAGCUGUUAGCACGGAGAGCGAACCCCCUUACGGUGGGUUCUCCUUUCAUCUGGUGGCAACCUCUGAUUCCUCCUCCUCUACUUUCAGCCUCCCUGUUUCUACAGAGAAUGACAGUGGAGCUUCUACAGAAACCACGACUACGACCACCACAGCAGCAGCUCCUAUGUUUGGGAAGCUGGCUGAAGCCAAGGCUACUGCGCUGACCACACCACUAGGGGGCAGCAUAUUCAGGGAAUCACUAGAGAAAGACAAGGCUCCUUCUUUCACCUUUGGGAAGCAUGAGAAGGAGGUUGCCUCUAUGGAUUCUGGGUUCCUGUUCAGUGUUCCUAGUAAAGAGGGGGGGGCAUCAGCCUCAUCUACGGGCUUUUCCUUCAGUAAGCCAGACCCACCUAAAGACCAGCCCAAUGCACCGGCCUUGGCCUUUGGGAAGCCGGAAGACCAGAGUGAGACCCCAGCAGCAGAAGCCCCUAAGCCCUCAUUCAGCUUUGGGCAAAGCACAACAGAUGCUGCAGCCCCAAAGCCAGCAUUUGGGUUCAUGGCAAGCACCACCUCUUCUUCCACCACCCCUGCCCCCAGUCUGUUUGGGACCCUCAGCAGCUCUACCCCUGCCCCAGCCCCUAUCCCGGCCCCCAGUACCUUCCUGUUCGGGCAGAGUGCCUCCACUGAGGCCACCCCAGCCAAGUCCUUCUUGUUUGGGCAGAGCCAGGACAGCCUGCCUGCCCCUGCAGUCUCUCUGAACCCUGGCCCAGCUCAGCCCUUCCUGUUUGGGUCUGGACCUAAUGCUGCUGCUCCCUCCUUCACUUUUGGUGCAGCGGCGCCCUCCACUGCCUCAUCUGCAGCUCCAUCAGCAGCCCCUGCUCCGUUUGUAUUCAGCCCUGCCUCCUCCACUGGGUUUGGGUCAGGACAAGCUCCUACCUUUGGUCAGGGCACCUCCCAGCCCAGUGCCCCAGCGUUUGGUUCCCCCGCACCGUCACCCUUCUCUGCCACGGCCUCCCAGCCCCCUGCCUUUGGAGCCAAGCCCAACUCUGUCCCCGUGUUUGGCCACCAAGCCAACUCCACUCCUGCUUUUGGCUCAUCCGCCCCCACCACAUCAGGUGGAUGUUUCCAGUUCGGCGGAGCCAGUGUGUUCGGCACCUCCAGUAACAGCACGGGGGUGUUUGCUUUUGGAGGGGCACCAGGAGGGUCCCCCGCCCCUUCUGCCACGCCCUCCAUCGCACCCCAACCCAGUGCACCUGGAAGUGGUUUCAACUUUGCAGCGCCCCCUACCUUUAAUAUUGGAUCAAAGAGCACCACCUUCACUGCAGCUGCCGCUGGACAGCACUCAAUCCCCGGUCGCAAGAUCAAAACAGCCGUCCGACGUAAGAAGUAAAACAUCCAUCGGACUAGACUUGAGCCUUUCAAGCAAAGACGGGACUGCUUCCUCUGGACAAACACUGAAGUACUUAUGGGGUUCAUCAGAGCAUCCUUCACAUGCUAUCUGGGGAUGUGGGGGGGUGGAGACCUCAAAGAAACUAGAGAGAGGGACCCUUGUUCAGGACAUGUCAGACUUUAAAAAUUCAAACUAUAAACUGAAUAAGAACCUAUAACAGCAAAAAAAACACAAUCAAGUGAGACUUCUGCUUAACAAAAAGCAAAGAUAUAUAUUUUCAACACCUGCAAACGUCAGCUAGAAUUUAGGCAUGACUUUUUGUGAUUUAAAAUACAAAGGCAAAAACUGAAAUUGAAAGUUGAUAGUGUAAAAAUAUUACUGUUGCAUUGAUUAGUAUGGGUGAUCAGGUUAUGAACUGCAAAAGUUCAUGCAGAGGUUAAUGAGAGCCGUAGGGCAACUCCCAAAUGGCACCCUAUUCCCUAUGUAGUGCACUACAUUUAACCUGAGUUUGAAGCAGUGCACAACAUGGGGUAUGG